GGCCCAGCUCGUCCCCGCGCCGUCCAGAGUCCAGACCUUUGCAGGUUCCUUCUUCAUCGCUCGUUAUACGUGGCUUCACGCCCACCAUUUCUUUCCCUCCGCCACCUCCGAUGACUCCUAUGGCUUUUCUGUGAAAGUAAAGCACACCAAACACGCUGCCAAUUCACGAGACCCGUCUGCCGUUUCUGACCGGGUGGGGCCUCGUAUGGACCCGGGCGGGGCGGACCUCGUCGGGUCGCGCAAUAAAGCAUAAGCAUCCCCCCACCUCACGCCUCUGGUGCUCGUCCGUUCAUCACGAACAGAGCCAAGAACAGACUUAAAGAAAAAAGUAAGUUGAAAAUGGCGGAAGCGAAGAGCUCUAUGGAGUCCGUGAGGGAAUGGAUCGUGGAUCACAAGCUCCGAGCCGUUGGGUGUCUUUGGCUGAGCGGUGUAGUGGGUUCGAUUGCGUACAAUUGGUCCCAACCCAGCAUGAAAACCAGCGUCAAGAUCAUUCACGCCAGGUUGCAUGCGCAGGCCCUUACACUUGCAGCAUUAGCUGGAGCUGCAGUUGUUGAGUACUACGACCACAGGACUGGAGCGAAGGCAGAUCGAUAUGCAAAGUUCCUCAAUUUAGACGAAUAUUCACGCAAAGAUUGAAGGCAGGUCCUUACAGAGAAAUGCAUGAAUGAAAUUAAUCUCCAUUCAUUUUCAUCUCUUACUAUUGUCCCGGCCGAUGAGCAAUUUCGGUUACCUUUUGACAUAAUUGAAUCGAUAUAUAAUAGGAAUUAAAGUUGGGCUGUUGUUCAGCUGUGUAUUGCUUAUUAAGCAACCAGAGCUGUGUGUUUUGUUUUAUUACUAUGACACUUGUAUUGUGCUUCCCUUGCCUUUGGGACAAUGGAUUUCGUAGAUUAAAUUUGGUUUCAUGCUUAUUCAAAUAAAAAUAAUAGUAAUAAUGAUGUUUAUUAUUA